AUGUACACGAGCGCGGGCGCUGAGCAGCGCAUGGCUCAGCAAGUGCUUGCACAGUUUCAAGAACACCCAGAUGCUUGGCAGCGAGUGCCUGUGAUUCUGCAGCAAAGCAGCCAUUCUCAGACAAAAUACAUUGCUCUGCAGAUCCUUGACAAGCUGAUUGCAACGCGAUGGAAGGUGCUUCCACUCGAUCAGCAGCAGGGUAUCCGGAACUUUAUUGUCGAGAUGAUCGUCGGCAUGUCUUCGGAAGAAGAGAAUCUUCGCCGGGAACGCACGUUGCUGGGAAAACUUGAUACGACACUCAUCCAGAUUCUCAAGCAGGAAUGGCCGCACAACUGGCCGAACUUCAUCCCCGAGAUCGUGUCGUCGUCGCGCGGUUCCUUGUCGAUUUGCGAAAAUAACAUGGCCAUUCUCCGUCUCUUGUCAGAGGAGGUAUUUGACUUCUCUGCAGAGCAAAUGACCCAGGCCAAGGCUCGGAAUCUAAAGAACCAGUUUUGUGGCGAGUUUGGCGAGGUGUUCCAGUUGUGCACAGAGGUGCUUGAAAAGGCAACGAAGCCCUCGCUAAUCAAGGCCACACUCGAGACGAUGCUGCGAUUCCUAAACUGGAUUCCGCUGGGCUUUAUCUUUGAGACAAACGUCGUCGACAGUCUCAUUGCUCGGUUCCUUGAGGUGCCUGAUUUCCGCAAUGUGACACUCAAGUGUCUGUCGGAAAUUGUGAACCUCAAUGUGGGCCCCGAAUAUGAUCCCAAGUUUGUUAUUCUGUUCAAUCUCGUCAUGACAUCGGUCAACCGCAUGAUCCCACCGUCGACGGACAUUGCCGGCGUGUACGAGACAUCGACUGACGAGGACCAAGAGCUCGUGCUAAAUCUUGCACUCUUUCUUAGCAACUUUCUGAUCUCGCACGUCCGUUUACUGGAGAAUGCUGAGAACCAAGAAGUUCUGCUCAAUGCUCACCUCUACCUGAUCAAAGUGUCGCAGGUACCAGAGCGCGAAGUGUUCAAAAUCUGUCUUGAGUACUGGUCAAAGCUUGUGAGCGAGUUGUACGAAGAGUACCAGCAGUUCCCAAUGAAUGAUGCUGCUUCAGUGUGGGGCUUGAACCUGGGUGGCCCUCAGGUCGUGCAGCGCAACGCGACCGGCCGCAAGGCUUUUUACACCAAAAUCCUCUCAAACCUCCGCCUUGUGAUGAUUGAACGUAUGGUGAAGCCGGAAGAGGUCUUGGUUGUUGAAAAUGACGAGGGUGAGAUUGUGCGUGAGUUCCUCAAGGAAUCCGAUACAAUCGUCCUAUACAAGGCCAUGCGUGAGGUGCUUGUAUAUUUGACGCACCUGGAUGUACUAGACACGGAGAAUAUCAUGACGGAAAAGCUUGCAAAGCAGGUUGACGGCUCAGAGUGGUCCUGGGCAAACCUCAACACUUUGUGCUGGGCAAUCGGCUCCAUUUCAGGUGCCAUGAACGAAGAAACGGAGAAGCGCUUCCUUGUGACAGUGAUCAAGGAUCUGCUUGGCCUGUGUGAAAUGAAGCGCGGCAAGGACAACAAGGCUGUGGUCGCGUCAAAUAUCAUGUACAUUGUCGGUCAAUACCCACGAUUCCUCAAGGCACACUGGAAAUUCCUGAAGACGGUCGUGAACAAAAACUUCGAGUUCAUGCAUGAAACGCAUGAAGGUGUGCAGGACAUGGCGUGCGAUACAUUCUCGAAGAUCGCACAAAAGUGCCGGCGACACUUUGUGAUGCAGCAGGCUGGCGAGCAGGAACCAUUCAUCGACGAAAUCUUGCGGAAUCUCCUCCAGAUCACCGUCGACCUGUCGCCGCAGCAGGUGCAUACGUUCUACGAAGCUGUUGGCUACAUGAUUGCAGCGCAACCGCACCGCGCGACGCAGGAGCGCCUCGUCGCAAAGCUCAUGGAGCUGCCCAGCAAUGCUUGGGACAAUCUGAUGAAGCAGGCACACAGCAAUGUGGAUGUGCUUAGCAACCCCGAGAACAUCAAGGUGCUCUCGAAUGUGCUCAAGACGAAUGUCUCAGCAUGCUCAUCGAUUGGUCCGUUCUUCUUACCGCAAAUCGCGCGUAUGUACCUCGAUAUGCUCGCGCUGUACCGGAGUGUGAGCGGAAUCAUUAGUGCCAAGGUGGAAGCAGAGGGUCUCAUCGCGACCAAGACGCCUAUGGUACGCGGCCUACGGGCGAUCAAGAAAGACAUUCUGCGUCUCUUUGACACGUACAUCCGGCGGGCAGAUGAUUUAGAGUCGGUGAAUGCCAAUUUGAUCCCGUCUCUGCUCGAUGCUAUCCUGGGCGACUACCAUAACAAUAUUCCUGCGGCACGCGAUGCCGAAGUGCUGAAUGUCAUGGCCACCAUUACGACGCGCCUAGGCGCACUGCUUACGGACAAGAUUGCACCUAUUCUUGAUGCUGUAUUUGAGCCGACAUUGAAUAUGAUUAACCAAGACUUUGCCGAGUUCCCUGAACAUCGUGUGGGCUUCUUCAAGCUGUUGCGAGCGAUCAACUUGCAUUGUUUCUCCGCACUGCUAGAGCUGCCGCCGCCCAAGUUCAAGCUUACGAUAGACUCGAUUAUUUGGGCCAUCAAGCACACAAUGCGCGAUAUUGCUGACACGGGUCUGAACAUCUGUCUGGAGCUGCUCAACAACAUUGCGAACACGGAUCCUGCGAUUGCAGGCGCAUUUUUCCAGCAAUACCUGUUGAACAUACUACAAGACAUUUUCUAUGUACUGACAGACUCGGACCACAAGAGUGGCUUCAAGACACAGUGCUUGCUCCUUGCACGGAUCUAUGAGCUCAUCGAGACGGACAAGGUCAUUGUGCCGCUUUGGGACCCCGCACAGAUCCCUGAUCCGAACAUGAACAAUCGCCUUUUCAUCCGUCAGUACACGGCGAACCUGCUGCGCACAGCAUUCCCGCAUGUGCAGCCACAGUACAUUGAGCAGUUUGUAAACGGCCUCUGUUCGCUCUCAUCGGACCUUGCACAGUACAAGGUACAUUUGCGCGACUUUUUGAUUACAUCACGUGAAGUGGCUGGCGGCUCAGAUAAUUCCGACCUGUUCCUCGAAGACAAGGAGGCUGAGCAGCAGCGACGUAUUGCCGAGGAACGUGAGAAUGCUGCCAAGAUUCCGGGCAUGUUGAAGCCGUCGCAAAUUGUAGAGGAGGACGAAGAACUCUGA